GUGUCGGCAACUGACAAGGAUAGCUCUUCCAAUGGAGUCGUUCGCUACGCAAUAGUCGGCGGCUUGGGCAAAGAUAAUUUUGCAAUCGACCCUUCGACGGGCUACAUUUCUACCAGAACAUCGCUUGAUCGUGAAAUCCAAGAUUCGUUCACCCUCACUCUAAAAGCAGAAGACAGUGGUUCGCCUCCUCGAACAAGCAAAGCGAGUCUGACUGUGACGGUUGAAGAUGUCAACGACAAUGAACCAUACUUCGUAUCCAGUGAUCUUGAUACUCUUUCAUUGUCUGAAAAUACACCCGUAGGAACGACAGUCUUGACGGUAACAGCAAGAGAUGAUGACAUCGGCCUCAAUGGCAAAGUUGAGUAUACUUUGGAGGGAGGGGAAGGAAAGUUUGAUGUGAACCAAAACACGGGUGAACUGACGACUGGGGUGCUGACGAGCGGCCAUUACACGUUGACAGUGAUCGCCAGUGAUUCAGGACACGAGCCUAGGUCGACGAAAGAGACUCUAGUAGUAACUGUGAUCGGCAGCAAGCGAACACCAGACCAAGGCAUUAUUGUUCAUAAUACAGUUGUUGUCCAUGCCAAAAAGAACGCUGCAUCGCCUGCCGCUAUUGGCGUCGUCACGGUUCUGGCUUCACUUUUCUUGCAUGUUGUAGUGACUAGCGUCUUGGAUCUGUAACCACAGCCAGCAGGAGUACGGAAAUUUGGAGGAAUGUUACAAAUUUGAGUUGGGAAUUCAUUUUUAGUUUUACAUGGGCAAACAACACAAGUAUGUAUACUAUUUCAUUUGACUGUGUUUCGGUCAAUAGUUUUGUAGUGCACUGGUAAUCUGUCGUCUACAGUGGGAGUGUACUUUACUAGGGUAAUUACAUGGUUGAUGAAAUAUAUCA